AUUAUUAAGUGAAAGAAGAAUUGGAUCAUAGGAAGUCAUGAAUAUGAUAUUCAUGGCUUCACAAUAAUGAGAAAAACCCGAUUGCAAAAUCCUCACAAAAUCUUUUCCUCAAAUAAAAUUUCUCAUCUUCUCCAUUUCAACACAGCUCGAAUUCAGCAGGAAAGGACAAAAACGAUUUUUCACACACUAAAAAAUGCACGCGAAGACGCAUUCGGAAGUGGGCAGCCUGGCGCCGUCGUCGCCGGACCGCAACCGGCCAGCGUACUACGUGCAGAGCCCGUCGCACGACGGCGAGAAGACGACGGCGUCGGUCACUUCAACCCCGAUCCUGAGCAGCCCCGUGGGGUCCCCGCGCCACUCCCGAGAGUCCUCCACCUCGGCCCCGCUCAAGCCCGGGUCCUGCUCGAGGAAGGUCUCCUCCGGAUCGGAGAGGAGGGACGACGGAUUCACGAAUUGGGAAUUCGAUUUGAUGGAAGAUGAAGAAGAUGGGGAGCCGCCUGAUCAAUUGCCCCCUCCCUGCUUUUUUUUCGCUUUUUUUGUUGUGGUUUUCUUAUUAUUUUCUUUGAUUUUGUGGGGCCUCAGUAAACACCAGAAGCCCAACAUCACUAUGCAGAGCAUCAAAUUUGAGAGGUUUACAGUUCAAGCCGGGUCCGACAGCAGCGGUGUUUCAACCGACAUGAUCUCCCUCAACUCCACAUUGAACUUCAAAUACAGAAACACAGCUACAUUUUUUGGUGUUCAUGUCUCAUCCACCCCUGUUUCUCUCUCCUAUUCACAGCUCAAUAUCGCCUUCGGUGUUCUUCAAGAAUUCUACAAGAAGAGGAAGCAAGAAAAGAAUGUGAGUGUGGUGGUGAGCGGCGACAACAUUCCCAUGUAUGGAAACGGGGCGAGCCUCACCACCCCGACGGGGAUGUCGGAGUUUCCGGUGACGCUCAAGUUGGAGGUCUCGGUUGGAUCAAGAGCUCAUGUUUUGGGGAAGCUGGUGAAGCAGAGAUUCUACAACAAGGUUGAGUGCUUCCUCGACUUUGCAAUCACCAAGAUCGAUCUUCCCAUCUCUCUCAACAAUUGCACCUAUCAUCGAUCAUAGUAGCGUUUUGUAUACGUUGGUGUUGAUGAUGAAUCAUACCAAUAUGUGAUGCUGGUUUUGCAGAAAUUGAUUAGCAGCAGCACCAAAACUGUUGGAGAGUCAUUCGUUCACUUUGUUCAUGUUUCACUAUCGCAGUAUAUAAAAUCUACUCAUCUCAAAAUCAUUAGGUUCGAAUCUAUAAUGACCCUGUUUUUUUUAUAUAUAUAUAUAUAUCUUAAAAAACAAUUUUAGUGGUUUCUC